AUGUUAUCGAAAAUUCUUCGUCCUCAUCAGCGUGAAGGUGUCAAGUUUAUGUAUGAUUGUGUUACUGGUGUACAAAUACCUAAUAAUCAUGGAUGUAUAAUGGCAGACGAAAUGGGUCUUGGCAAAACAUUGCAAUGUAUCACAUUAAUUUGGACAUUAUUGCGUCAAGGUCCGGAAGGUAAACCAAUAAUCGACAAGGCAGUAGUUGUUACGCCUAGUAGCUUACUAAGAAAUUGGUACAAUGAAUUUCAAAAGUGGUUACACGGGAAAAUACAUCCAUUGGCUAUCGAUUCUGGGAGUAAGGAAGAUAUUGAUAGCAAAUUAGCUGGUUUUCUUUCACAAACCGGACGUCGAAUUCCUUCGCCAAUUUUAAUAAUCUCUUAUGAAACUUUUCGAUUGCAUGCUUCCGUUUUACACAAAGGCUCUGUGGGUCUGGUUCUCUGUGAUGAGGGCCAUCGUUUAAAGAAUUCUGAAAAUCAAACAUAUCAAGCACUAGUUCAACUAAAAUGUUCACGUCGUGUACUUCUUUCUGGGACACCAAUUCAGAAUGAUUUACUGGAGUAUUUCAGUCUAGUACACUUUGUCAAUAUGGGAUUAUUGGGUACAGCCAGUGAAUUUAGACGUCGUUAUGAAAUACCCAUUUUGCGUGGACGUGAUGCAGAUGCUACAAAGGAAGAUCAAAAGAAAGGUGAAGAGAUACUGCAGGAACUUUUAGGUAUUGUGACACGGUGUAUUAUCCGUCGGACUCAGGCUCUACUCACAAAAUAUUUACCUGUGAAAAUUGAACAAGUAGUUUGCUGCAAUUUAGUUGGAAGUCAGCGUGAGGUAUAUUCAGAUUUUGUUAAACGAAUGGUACGUGAAGUUUCACUGAAAAUGAGUAGUGCAGAUGAUUCGCGUAAUGAUAAGUCUAGUCUGGCGUCUAUAACACAUUUAAAAAAGCUAUGUAAUCAUCCAGAUCUAGUAUAUGAGAAAAUGGCAGCAAAUACUGAUGGCUUUCAUAAUGCCCUUAAUUAUUUUCCAGCUAAUUAUCAAGGCUCACUUGAAUCUAACGCUUCUGUAAAACCUGAACUAUCUGGUUAG